AUGUCUGACAGUAACCCGGUGUCCAACCCACCUCCAUAUACCAAAAAGGAUAAGAAGGACAAGAAAGGCAAGAAGCCUCUACCUGAUCCGGGGUUGUCAUGGGGAAUCACUCCGUCCGAAGAACACAAGACCGCCGAGAAGCCGGGCCCCGAUCAUCCGGUCCACAAAAUUCCUCUUGAGAAGCAAGAGGAGAUGAGACGGAAGGGUAUCAACCCCAUUUUGAAGGCCGAAAUGGAUGAGGGAACCAAGGGGGAGGGAGGGUUUUGGAGGAAGGUGGCCGGCACGGCGUUGGGCGGGGGGUGGAUUAAAUGA